AUGGCCGGGGAAACCCCGUUCUCGCCGUCUCCGGACAAACCAGUCGUCGCCGUGGCCGGCGGCACCGGCGACCUGGGCACGCGGCUGACCGAGACGUUUCUCUCCGCCGAGCUGCGGGAUCGGCUGUCGGGGUUCGUGCUGCUCGCUCGUCGCUACACGGCCAGGAUGGAACGAUGGAGGGACUCUCUCGGUGCCGAGGUGCGCAUUAUCGACGACGAUGAGGCGGACGGGGUAGCGGGGUGUGAUGAAAACGAUCUGAUCAUGGCGUUGGACGGGGUUGAUGUCCUUGUUAAUGCGUGA